AUGGUGAAUUUCAUCACCGGCUUCACCGGCCUCGUACUGAAGGAAUCUGGGUUCAAGCAUUUGGACCGGGUUAUUGAUUUGUGUGCAAAAGAGAAAUUAUAUACUAUUCUGGACAUGCACACCGUCCCUGGAGGCCAGGACCCCGACUGGCAUUCGGAUAACCCUACCAAAUAUGCUGCACUCUGGGACUACAAAGAUCACCAGGACCGCACAGUGUGGCUAUGGCAGCAGAUUGCCGCUCGGUAUAGGGGAAACCCCUGGUGGGUGGCCGGAUACAAUCCUCUCAACGAGCCCUGCGACCUGGAUCAUGUGCGACUGCCUGCCUUUUACGAGCGCAUCGAAAAAGGCGAUCAGACGGGCACAGCGGAGCAGGAGGAGGUCUUUGAACGGCAAUAUCUCCGCAAGGCGACUUUCAUGAAGGAGCACGGCACGCCGGUCUGGAACGGCGAAUUCGGUCCUGUCUACGCAGACCCGCCGCUGAGACCAUCAACCAGGAGCGAUACAACCUUCUCGGAGAGCAGCUGCGCAUCUACGACAAGGACCAGAUCCACUGGUCCAUCUGGCUGGGAUGAUCCACACCAGUCCGGACAGCAAGUGGAACCGGACUAUUAUCCAGCCUUUUCUCCUGAAGAAGAAGAAGAAGAAGAAGAAGAAGAAGAAGAAGAAGAAGCAGAAGCUGCUGUGGCUAGAUGUAUGGGGAACCCGACCGUCAGCAGAGGUGGAUGCGGUGCUCAAACCGCUCGUCCGGUGGAUUGA